AUGAAUGCUGCCCGCAUGGGCUUCUUCUCGCGGGACGACCUUGCUCACUGGGCCGCAUCCGCUCUUCCCGACCUUGUGAGUGCUGCUCGUGCCUCGCCGGACGUCUUUACUGACGUCUACGAGUACGCCUUUGGCUUUGCCUGUGAGCCCGGCCAGCGAUCGCUCCAUCUCGACGCCGCCGUCCUCAUGCUCCGCGUCCUCUUUCUCGCAAGCCACCCACACCUCGACCCGUUCACCACCUUUCUUGCUGCACAGUCUGAGUACCGCGGCAUUAACCGCGACCAGUGGUGUUCCUUCCUCGAGUUUGCUUGCACCUAUGCCCCGACGCCAGACGCUCUCACAGACUACGACCACGACGCUGCCUGGCCCGUCCUCCUCGACGACUACGUCGCCUGGAUCCGCGACGGCAAACCUUUGCCCGAUCGCGACUCUCCCUAA